CCCGAGCCCGAGUUCGACGAGGCGCCUGCUCCAAUCAGUCCCCAUCCCCGCCGCCGCCGCACCCGCACUCCUCUCGACGGGUCGCUCAGUCGCUCCUCGGCUACCCGGCAACCCCUCGCUCCUCAGCUCCCCAGGCUCAGCUCCGAGCAAUCUGAUCCCGCCAUGGGCGUCGUCACCCGUGCUCAAGCGAAGAGGAUGAAGUCGCAGCAACCCGACAGCGAAGAGCCGCCGCCUCGGGGCGGAGGAGAAGCGGGAGGCCCCGAUCUGAUCAGCCUUCUCCCCGACGAGAUCCUGGGCAGCGUCAUCUCGCUCCUCCCGACCGAGGAAGGUGCCCGCACCCAGAUCCUCUCCACCCGAUGGCGCCCCCUCUGGCGCUCCUCGCCCCUCAACCUCGACCCUUCUGACGGAAUCUUCAGUCAUGCCGUCGUCUCCCGCAUCCUCUCCGAGCACCACGGCGUUGGUCGUCGUUUCAGCAGCCCGCCCUUCAUCCGACCUGACGACUCCGCCACUUUGGACGGCUGGCUCCGGUCCCCAGCCCUCGACCAGCUCCAAUAGCUCAAUUUAUCCUUCCACCCCUACAUCUUGCCCAGCCAUCUGAUGCCUCGUUCUGCACUGCGGUUCGCGUCCACCCUCCGCGCCGCUACAUUCAGCUUCUGCAAAUUCCCAGAAGACGCAGCUCAGCAGCUCCAGUUCCCCAACCUGCAGCACCUCGCACUUGCAUCAGUGACUAUCUCGGAGGACUCUCUGCACGCCAUGCUGGAUGGCUGCCCCGCUCUGGACAAAUUUGUACUCAGAUACAUCAUCAAUGGGUCUUCACCGGGACCGCAGGUGCCACUUUCUGCCCUGCACGUGUCCAACAUCCGCGUUGCCGAAUUUGGCAGCUGCCAUUUUCCAGAAGCCAUUGUCAACCAGGUCCACUUCCCUAACCUCCAGAGGCUCGUACUUGAAACGGUCACCAUCUCAGAGGGCUCCUUACACGCCAUGCUCUCCGGCUGCCCUGAUCUGAACAGCUUGACCAUGGGUUAUAGCUCUGGCUUCCACCAAUUCAAAAUCAAUGCCCUGAAGCUUAAGUAUGUCGAGAUGUAUUUCCAUGGCUCAUAUGCAGAUAGGCUACAGGAACUCGUUGUUGAGAAUGCCUCUUGUCUAGAAACACUUCACCACAAGGGGCCGUACGAAGACAACAUGCACAUUUCAAUAAUUUCGGCACCAAAAUUGAAGAUUCUUGGCCGCCUCGCUGAUAACAUUUCCAGGCUUGAGCUUGGCACCAAUGUUUUUAAGGUAUACGCGGCUUUCUUUGUUCUCAGCUUCAUCACUUACGGCUAUACAUUCCCUUUCUGCUAAGUCACGGAUAUACCUGAUCCAUACACUCAGGGAUUGCAUGAUGUUAGAAUAGCUACUGUGAUCUGCAGUGUGAUGGUUUUAGCUCAGGCUUGAUAAUCUUAGACUGGAUGUGGUUAUUAACUUCAUGAAAUGCUUUCCCUGCAUGGAGAAGUUGUACAUCAAGGUUACCUUUUUUUGUUAUUCAGUCUCCAAUUGUUUCUUACCUUUCUAUUACUGCAGCUUUGUUGUUCUGAGGCUUGGUUUUAUUAUUCAUUUUCAGACACCUACAGCCGGGAAAAACACGCAGCGUCAUUGUUCCCGGGGCCGUAUUGAAUGCCUUAAUCACCACCUCAAGAAAUUACAGAUCAGUUAUUAUUCGGGCAAAAGGUCACAUGUUGAGUUUGCUAAGUUCUUUGUACUGAAUGCGGGUGUGAUAGAGUCCUUGGGGCUUGAUGUUUAUCCUAAUAAACACUUAUCUGGUUGGUGGAUUGAAAUUCAGCGGAGGCAGCUCCGGCCAGAGAAGAGGGCAUCAAUUGGUGCUCAAAUUGAUUUCACUUUUGGUGUUUGUUCCAGUUAUCUUCGUGAUGGUUAGGAGUUUCAGGUCCAUGUUAGUAUAGAUGUUGAAACUAUACUAUUCUUCUUUUAGGAGCUAAUCUUCUAUCCCAUCCAUGUUGUGUUGCAUGCAAACUGUGCUAGUUCUCUUUCUUGUAAUAUAUAUGAAAUCCUGUGUUUUCCUAAUAUAUAUGAAAUCCUGUGUUUUCCUAA